CGUGGACUUGUUUAGAUGAUGGGUUUAGAUGCAGGUACAGCCAUUUAAAGUUAACAGUGAUUUAAGGCAUUACAUUUGAAUUGAUCUGAAAUGCUAUGAAACAUGUGGAUUCACAUUUCCUUUGAGCAAAAGUUUUUGUGGCGCGUGUUUGUGCUGCUCUCUUUGAUUGGUGGAAAAGCUUUCGGAGCUUCUUUCUAUGGAGAUGGGCUUGUGCAUUUGAAAGCAGUUGAGUUGUCAAGUCAGACGUCUUUCCAUGUGCGGUUUCGAACCUCCAGACCCAGUGGCCUGCUAUUCUUGGCAGCUGGGGAAACGAACUUCCUCUGGGUUGGGCUGCAUUCUGGCAGAGUACAGGUGCAGAUUCAGCUUGGAUCUGGGGAACGGACUGUUCGGUCUGAGAAGGGUAUCCCCUUAAAUGAUCUGACCUGGCAUACAGUAGAACUUCAACAUGAUCAUGACAACAUCACGCUGACUGUGGACAAAAACUCUAUAACAUCUGUUAAGAUGCCAGGACCUGACUUUGAACUGGAUGUCCAGGAUGGACUUUUUGUUGGUGGUGUUGGGGAUCUGGAAAAAUCCUACCUCUCCGCAAAUGAAAUUCCUUUUGGCUUUCGGGGAUGUUUGGAUGAGAUUCUGUUCAAUGAGCAUAACCUCCUUUCCUCCCUUAGGCCUUACUCUGGAUACAAAAUGAUUCAUGAAGUGUCACUUGGUUGCAGCCCACAGUUUUCAGCCUCUGUCAACGAUUCAAUAAGUUUUUUCAGUUCCAAAGCAUACAUGUCCCUACCAACAUGGGACGUACCCCAAGAGGGUGUAUUUGAAUGUGAAAUGCAUACAGUACAUUCAGAGGGGAUCCUUUUAUACAGCUCUGCGGGCCACGGUAACUAUUUUGCCCUGGAGAUCCAAAAAGGUCACCUUGUUGCUAUCAUUAAAAUAGGUGUAACGAAGACAGCAUUGCGUUCCUUGAUGGUCGUCAAUGAUGGGGCAUGGCACAUUUUGCGGCUCUAUUUGUCUCCUUUGAAUCUUCACUUUACUUUGGGUUUGGAGAUGCAUAAUUCUAGCUUUGGGAUAAAUGCCAGUGCGUUACAGUUUACUGGACCUCUGUUCCUAGGUGGGGUCGAUGUCAGCACUUACACAGAAGUCCAAAAGUAUGGAUUGCUCUCUAUGGUUGGGAAGCGUAUAGGAGGAGGGUCAUUUAAAGGCUGUCUUAGGAAUAUCAGGGUCAAUUACCAAAGGAUGGGCCUUCCUAAAGCAUUGGUCACCAAGGAUAUUUCAGUUGGUUGUGAACCAGAAAAGCAGCUUGGACCCAGUACCACAAGUCCAUUAGUUAUUACCAUAGAUUCUGAAAAUAUCACAGAUGUCCUAUCUGGGAUGGACAAGAGAUUGCUCCAAAAGUAUGGAUUAAAUUUCCUUUUACUCAAGGAUUUGGAGGUUCUUGAAGGCGGACGGGCAGCACUUGAGUCUAAACACAUUAAGAUUAACCUAGAGUUCCGUAAACUUGGGAUCCGUCAGUCCCAGAUUAUGUUUCGUGUUGAAGAGCAGCCGGUCCAUGGGCAACUCCGACUGGAUAUUGACCCUGAUCUGGGUGAGAACACCUUCAGUAUUCUGGAUCUCUGGCAUGGAAGGGUCAUGUAUGUCCAUGGAGGAUCUGAGGACCUACUUGACUUUUUCAUGUUUUCCAUCUUCACCAAUGUCAAUAAGGAAGUGCCUAGCUAUCUCAAAGGGAACCGUCUGCACAGAUUUAACAUCAGUAUCACACCUGUCAAUGAUGCUCCUGAACUUAGCCUUCCUGAGGGCAGUCUCUUCAUUCUGCUGGAGCACUCAAGACGUCGUAUGAGCACAGAUGUCCUUAGGGUCAUCGACCCUGACACUAAUUCCAAACACCUGAUGUUCUCAGUCCUUGGAAACCUGAAUGCGGGUUCAGGCUUUCUAGAGAUUGAGGAACAGCCGGGCAGAGCAGUUACCUCAUUUUCCCGAAGUGAUCUAGAGCAGGGUAAAGUGAGUUAUGUCCACAAAGGUGUCAAGAACUCCAGAAUGGCUAUUAGGGUGAGUGAUGGGGACAAGGUAAGCAACACAGUGGUACUCAGGAUCAUCGCUGUUUCCCUAGAACACAAGGUUGCCAACAACACCGGAGUAGAGGUAACCCAAGGUGAAGCAACGUUUAUUAGUAACAAACAUCUUGCUGUGCAAGUCAAUGUUCCUAAACAAGCCGUGGACAUUCGCUAUGAUAUCACAGUGCCACCAGUCUAUGGUGAGCUGCAAAGACUGCAUUCAAGUGGGCAGUGGAAGCAAACAAGCACAUUUAUGCAAAAACUUCUGGAAAAGGAGCGUCUUCGAUAUCUCAGCACCUUCCAUGGGACGCAGCAAAGUAAUAUCACUGACAGUUUCAAAUGCACAGUCACAGUCGGCUCAGUCAUUACGAACGAGUUGUUGUUUUUGAUUAGAGUACACUGGAUUCGUUAUAGAAUCACCCGAAAUAAGUUGGAGAUAGACGGUGAACAGAAAGUCACAUUGACAACUGAAACAUUUCAUGUUGUUACCAAGGGUGCAAGAAUUUUGGAAAAUGACCUUCACAUUCGUUUAUUGACAUUACCAAGGAAAGGACAUCUUCUUCUCGAUAAUAAGAUUUUAAAAAAGAACUCUACUUUCAGUCAAGAUGACAUUACUAAUCACAAGUUGCAAUACGAGCUCUUAGAAAGGCCACACGAUGAUACAAGGGACAUGUUUCACUUUCAAGUAUUCUCGAAAUUUGCCAUGUCAGGGAUUCAUGAGUUCAGAAUCACUAUCAAAGCAGAUAUUCAGAACAUCAUUUUAAGAAAUCAUGGACUUUCUCUCUUGGAAGGGGAGAGCAAGGUCAUUACUAAGGCAAUGCUUUUCUCAGAGACACCCAGCUCCAGAGCAGUACACUACACUGUCACCAGCAGCCCUAAACAUGGGAUAUUGAAGAGAAUAAACCUCUCUAAUUCCUCUGCCAGCAAUGACAGCAUAAUAGAUUUCACCAAUCAGGACAUUUCAGAGGAACGCAUCUUGUAUAUCCAUGAUGAUAGUGAAACCACCCAUGAUGCAUUUACAUUCGUGGCCUCUUUUGGGUCUCUGAAAAAUAAGACCCGAGGCACGGAGGGCACAUUUAUUAUUUCCAUCCAGUUGGUUAAUGAUCAGAAACCCAUCCGUGUUGUGGAUAAAGUUUUCCAUGUGGUACGUGACAGCCAGCGGUUGCUUACACUGGAAGAUUUGUGCUACCAUGACGCUGACACAGACUUUAAUGACAAAGAUCUGCUUUAUACCAGACGAAAGAUCCCUAUGGGUGAGCUGGUCCUGGUAAAUGACACCACACACAAGCUUUAUCAAUUCCAUCAGAAGGACUUAGAAGAGAAGAGAGUGCUGUUCAUUCACAAAGGGGUGAGUUAUGGACGCUUUGUCCUCUUCAUAUCUGAUGGGAAGCACUAUACAUCAACACUACUUGAAGUGUCGGCCCAGGAUCCAUUUGUUAAGGUGGCAAACAACACGGGUCUAUUGGUCCAGAAAGGCCAAAUGGCCAAUUUAGGAAUUGCUAAUUUCAGUAUCUCCACUAAUAUGGAUGUCAGGCAUGAUGAAGAAGUGGUCUUUGAGGUUUUCCUACCACCAAGCCAUGGGACUCUUUACUGCAAUAGUAUAAAAGCAAAUACUUUUACACAACUUGACUUGAAGAUAGGUCAUGUAAUGUAUCAUCAUGAUGACAGUGAAAUACUGAAGGACAUUUUUAACGUCACCAACAAGGUUAAAGGCCUCCGUCUGGAUGCAAGUGUGCUAGUUAAGGUGUACCUUGAGAGUCAUCAAAAGCCCCCAAGGGUUAUCCACAAUAACCCAAUUGUGGUGGAAGAAGGAAAGCCUGUCAAAAUCAACAAGGAAGUUCUCCAGGUUGUUCAUGAGGAUAACAAACCUUUUGAGAUUUUGUAUACUGUGAAGGUGGCACCCACCUACGGGUUUCUGCGGAUAUCUAUGCUAGAAGAUCACUACCGUGGCAGUCAGGAGAAUCCCAUCCAAAGCUUUUCACAGGGUGAUAUCAAUGAAGGGUAUAUUCAGUUUGUUCAAACAGAGCAUGGAUAUGUUAAUGACUCUUUCUCACUUGACGUAACCAAUGGCGUUCUAACAAUCCGUGACCUUGUAGUCGUAGUGGAUAUUAUACCCUUGUACAUCCCACUAGAGGUGUCCAAUAUGACCCUGAUAGAGGGUUCUUCUAAAGCUCUCACUCAGGACAUCAUCAAAGUUGUCAAACAACACUUUCAUGGACUCCAAAUCUUCUAUCUUGUAACCGAGGGGCCUCAUUAUGGACGAAUUGAACACUCAAGGAUCCCUGGUGUUCCAAUUCCAUCUUUCACAAGGGCUCAAGCUGAACAGGGAUACAUAUUCUAUGUCCAUGACGGAAGUGAGACCGUGGCUGAUAAUUUUACGGUGGUGGCCAAUAAUACAGAUAUCCGGAAGCAAAGCUUUCCUUUUGUGGUUUAUGUCAAUAUAACACCCAUAAAUGAUGAACCUCCAAUUGUAACUGUCAACAGAAUUUUCAAGCAUGGAUUUCUAUGGAGACCGGAACACGACAGCAUCCAAACGGAAGUUAGAAUCCUUCAUGACGCCGCUCAUCGGUUACUCAGGAAAAAAACUAAACCUGUUGCAUGGACCGCUACAGAUUCCUUCACCUUCACUGCGUCAUGCCCCCCAGCAUCUCUCCAAAUUCACACCUUUAAUAUCCACAUCUCUUAUGAAAAUACGGGCCCGGAGCAUAGGAGUGCACUCUUAACAAAUACUGGUGCUGUUGUCGCUGAGGGUAGUAGUGUUCUCAUUGAUAAACCAAACUUGGAUGCCUCCAACCUUUUUGGAAAGUUAGAUGAAGCAGAACGUAAUUUCUAUGAGGUCUGGUAUGAAAUCAUCUCUCCACCCCACCACGGUACAAUUGUUGUAGGUGAAAAGAACCUGACACACGAAAGACCAAAGUUCUCUCAAUUCAACCUGCAUAAGCAUGGAAUAAUUUACGUACAUGACGACUCAGAGACCACUCAUGAUAACUUUACCUUUGACGUGUGGCUAAUCCCCAAAGGAAAGCAUGCUCAACGACCUCAGAAUGCAGAUUUUAUAGUAUCUGAAAUAUUUAACAUUACUGUGACCCCUAUUAAUGACCGGCCUCCUGUGCUCAAGACAGGAUCCCCUAGACUCAAAGUGGUCAAGGGGGACACCGUGACGUUGGAUCCUGAGAACCUUUAUGUGGAGGACCAAGACACUCCACCUGAGGAGCUUUUUUAUACUGUAAUCAGCAAGCCCAAAAAUGGCUUCCUUGCUUUGGAGGGUCAGCUCAAUAAGUCUGUCAGCACCUUCACCCAGGCUGAUGUAAAUCAUGGAAGGGUGCACUUUGUACAAAAAGGGGAACUUUCAUCAGGGGUCAUCUACUUCAGUAUCACUGAUGGAUUCCACAGACCACUCUACAAGCUCUUCAGUGUAGAGGUAGAGAAUAUCACCAUCAGUGUGGUCAACAACACGGGACUGACUCUGCUGCAAGGCCAGACCACAGUGACUCUGACAUUUGAGAACCUGGCCGCAGUGACCAAUGAGAGAGAUGCAUCCAUUAAGUAUUUAGUCACAAGCCCACCAAGGCAUGGGAGCGUCAUGGUUAUGGAAGAACCAGCCACACACUUUGACCAAAAGGACCUGCACACUGGCAGAAUAUUUUACAACAUGACUGACCUGUCAUCCCCUCGAGACUGCUUUGAGUUCAUGGUUUUCACAUCUGAGAGUAACCUGACCAACCAGGUGGUCAACAUCACAGUCAAGCCACUGAUCCACCUCGGAGAGCAUGUCAGGAUCCCAGAUGGCAUCCCAGUGAAGCUAAGAAAGGACGUCCUGGAUGCAACAGAAUUGGCCUCCCUUAGUGCUAGCGAUCCCAUCUUUGAAAUCCUUGAGCCGCCAAAACAUGGCAAGCUAGUCAAAGUCACAUUUGACCUUGGAGGAGCCUCUCACUCGGUGGAAUCGUUCUCGUUCAGGGAUGUGGAACAAGGCAGAGUGGCCAUUGAGGAAAACAUAAACUUCCACGCCAUUUAUGGCAACACAACAGCAGCCAGGUACAAUGUGACAGUGGUCCAUCCACUUAAUGACUCAUUUGUUUUCCUUUUGAAGGCAGCCAAUGUCCAGCCUGCCAGGGGCGAAUUUGUGUACCUAGUAUUACCUUAUGACCCCAUUACAGGGAAGCAUAUGCUUUCAGAACCGACCAAGUUGCCGACUUUGAACAGAACAGCAAAUGUUCACAUAGAUCCAUCAAGACCACACAGGACUGCUUCAAAGCUGAAACCUCGAAACCGCGGGGGGAACCACACACGAAGCAGAUCUACGGUUCCUCAUGUGCCCCGUACCACCAUGGGCAAGUUGGACCCCUCCACGAAAAAUACUUUAGUUAGGAUGGAGUCUUUACCGAGACCUGCAUCUGAUCCCUUGCUCAUUAUCCUGCCACUUCUGGCCUGCCUUCUCCUGAUUGUUAUUCUUGUGGUUCUCAUACUUGUCUUCCGGCACCGCAGGGAAAAGCGGGCCCACCCGGCAAUGAUACAAGAAUUGACGGGGAACCCUGGUGAAGAUAUUUUAGCCAGAGGCCCGUAUCUGGGUCAGCCUGAGAGAAGUCUCACUGUUCCUUCGGUUAUAGUAACCCCACUCACUCCGAGUUGCCCUGGUAGUCCUGUUUUACAGGAAGUACAUGACGCAGCCUUGAUGCCAGCAAUUGAUCAAGCUGUGUCUCCAUUUCUCCUUUGCACAUGGAGUCCACUUAACCCUGAUUCUGCCCAGCAAUGUUCACCAACAACACCAUCCCUUAAACAAAACCAACACUGGGUUUGACUCAACUCUUUUUAUCACAUCCAGAUGUUGCUUGAACCAAAUUUGUGAACUAUCACUGUGCAUGACCAUCAUCUGAGCCAAAUCUUAGCAUUACUGGCAGAAGAAAGUAAGCUUCUAAGUUUCAUACCAUACACUGAGAAACUUAAAUAUCUAAUCAUACUAUUGCUAGAAUUUGGUUUUUAACCUUGUACACUGAAAGUCUCUUGGCUUAGUAUCAAGGGAAAGAUCGCCAAGUAACUAUAAUUUUAACAUUCAUUUUUUAUGUUAGUCCUAUUGUUUCAGUUUUGUCUUGCCACAGCUCAGAUGUUUUUGUGGUUUUGAUAGUUUGUUUUUGUUUUGUUUUGUUUCUUACAAAACACAGAUAGCCACAAAAUCGUAUUACAGGGUUACAAUAUUUUGCAGUUACAUUUUCCAUUAUACAUACUGGUAAAAAAAUGUAUAGCCUGAAUGCACUGUAAGCUGCUUUGGAUAAAAGCAUCUGCUAAAUGCAUAAAUUAUUAUUAUUAAAUUACAUUGUCGGAAAAAAGAAUGUGCAGAAAUGGUACAUUUAGCUAGUCACUGAGCAGUACCUUGAAAGGUACACUUUUGUACCUUCUCUAAAACUAUUAGCACUUAUAUGCACUCUUUAUGGGUAGAUAAGGUACAAAAGUACACCUUUGAGGGAACUACCCCAGUGACAAACAAUGGGUUUUUGCACAUUUCUCUCAUAAUGGGCUACAAUUAGAAAAAAUGUUUUAGAGAGCA